AUGCAUCUUGCUUCUGCGUGUGCUGCAGGGAUCGGGGUCUGUGUCCACCAGCACAGUCACCGCACACUAGCUGUUGUCGAUGUUGGAGAAGUAGACUCGUUUGUGGGACAAAAUACUCCCUCAUCUUCAGUGCUACCUCCAUUUUCUGCAGCUCCAAUACAGAGUAAACCUGGGAAUUCUUCAAUUCUUGCUCCGGAACUGCAAAGGAGUUUUUCACCUGGUCACAAUCCUCUUGUAUCAUCAGAUAUCAAACCAAUAACUUUUUUCACUAGUCAAUCUAAUACAUCUGCAGAUCCAUUUUCUUUUCCUCCUUCAACUCUUCCCCAAUUAUACCAGCCCUCUCUACCACAUACUGCUCCUGUCUCUGAACCAGUAUCACGUUCUUUUAGUGGCAGGUCUACACCUUCUAACUAUGAUUCGAGACCAACAUCAUCUGUGCCUCUCCUUUCUCCAGCACAAAUAGGACAGCCAUUCACUGCAGCCACUGUUGCAAACACUAAUUUAGUUUAUUCACAAGUACCUCCAGUGACUCCAGUUUCUAAUUCUUCCAAUUCUUAUUUCAAGCCUUUAUCUCCUGUGCCUUUUACUAGUUCUCAGGGAGAUUUUCUUUCCAAACCAUCUCCUUUAAUAACUCCUUCAUCAGCUAGUAAUCCAGCUAGUCACCUAUCUCCAUCUCUGAUAACUCCUCCUCCACCAUCUAAUGUUCCACCUUCUGGAAUAACUCCUCCUCCUUCUAAUGUGUUACGUCCUGUUGUAACUCCUCCACCGACAAGUGUACCAUUUAGUCAGCAGUCUGCAUUACUUACUCCUGCUCCUGCUGUAACACCUGUGCCUCUUACUUCAGGAGCGGUUCCUGGUUCUGGAACUAACACUUAUCGAUUAGGAAAUCAAAGGAAAUUGCAGUACGCUCAACCUCCUGGCCUAUCAGUUUCGUCUUCUCCUUCAGUUUAUUCUCCCGCCACCAUCAGUGCUCCUCCAUCCACACCCUUUUCUUCUACGUUUACGAAUUCAUCUCCUGUUCCAGAGCCAUUAUCUGAAUUUUCCAGCACUUCCUUCACAUCAUCUCCUUUUGUACCAACCCCUCUCGAAGAACUUCAGUCACUUCCAUCAAUCACAACCCUUUCCACGCCAUCUUCUACCUCUUCAUUUCACUUUCCUUCUCAGAAUUCUUAUGUUUCUCCAUCGGCAGGUGGUAAUUUAACAAACUCAUUUUCAUCACCUGCUGUUCCUCCUACUUCCCAACACUCUAUUCCUUCAGUUGCUUCUUAUUUCCCUUCACCAAUUGUUGCUGCUGCCAACGCAAUGGCAGCAACUGUUGCAGCUGCAAAUGGAGCACCUCAGUUUCAAACCCCUUCACAAACUCCUACUGAUGCAUCUGUAAUCCCUGCAUCUUUCAACAAUUUGAGUAUUGGUCAACCUACAUACAGGCCAGUGUAUCAUCAUUGGUUUCUGAAAAAGGAAAUUGAAAGUAAAGUGCUAUGGCAACCUUUUUCAAUGGCUGAUUCCUUAGCUUUAGAAGCAGCUUUUACUUCAACGGAUAUUUCUCCUGAUACUGUUGUUGCUACUGAUGGUGGUCGUUAUGAUGUAAAUAUUCUGCGUCGACAAAGAACUGCUGUAUAUUGGGAAGAGAAUCCAUCAGAAGUUCGACGUUGCUCAUGGUUCUACAAAGGUGCAAUUGACAGCCGCUAUGUGCCCUAUGAAGAAAGUGUUGCUACUAAACUUGAAGAAGAGUUUAAAAUUGCUAUGAACAAAAAUGAGUGGCAUCGACGUGUUGAAUUGGCACAUGGCGAAACUGUUGUAUUUCAUGGUCCUAAUGUUAUGGUUCAUUUUCCACAAGCAGCAUCACCAGAUGCUUGGGGAAAUACUCCACAGGUACCCACACGUCCUCGUGUUGUUAAACGAGGUGUUGAUGAGUUUGAUAUUGAAGAAGGAGAGCCUCCUGUAGUUGACCAUUUGUUGUUUUUGGUACAUGGUGUAGGUUCUGCAUGUGACCUUAAAUUUCGCACUGUUGAAGAAGUUGUGGAUGACUUCCGAAGUUUGUCUCUUCAGUUAGUCCAGUCUCAUUUCCGAACUUCUGUUGAACAAGGAAAAGUGAAUAGGAUUGAAGUGCUCCCAGUAUCUUGGCAUUCAACUCUACAUGGUGAAGACACAGGGAUUGAUCAAAAACUGAAAUGUAUUACGUUGCCAAGCAUACCAAAAUUAAGGCAUUUUACUAAUGACACCUUACUUGACAUUCUGUUCUAUACAAGCCCAGUUUUUUGUCAGACCAUCAUACAUACUGUGGGCAAGGAAAUCAAUCGUCUGUAUGAAUUGUUUAGAAACAGACAUCCAAACUUUCAAGGUGGAAUAUCUGUGGGUGGUCACAGUCUGGGAUCACUAAUUCUCUUUGAUCUUUUAUGCCAUCAAAAAGAUCCACAAACACCAACCACAGAAAAGGAAUCAAAGUUACAGUCUAUUCCUAGUGAAGAUUCAGCUGAUCCUACUACUUCGGAUGAAGUUACUGCAAAGGAUUCUAAUACACUUAGUGCCCAGAAAGUGCCCCCUCAUCUGCGGAGAUUGAGUCAUCGAGUCAGUUAUGUGAUGGGAAAUGCUGGCACAGGACAACCUUUCAUUACGUACCCACAACUUAAUUUCCAUCCAAAAGCCUUUUUUGCUAUGGGUUCUCCAAUUGGUAUGUUUGUAACAGUGAGAGGAAUUGAUGCCUUGGGUGAAGACUUCAAGUUACCUACAUGUCCAGGAUUCUUUAAUAUCUUUCAUCCAUUUGAUCCUGUCGCCUAUCGCAUUGAAACUUUAAUUAAUCCAGAUUUAUGCAAUCUAAAACCUGUCAUGAUUCCUCACCACAAGGGUAGAAAAAGAAUGCACUUAGAACUGAAAGAAACUAUGGCCAGAGUUGGAGCUGAUUUAAAACAGAAAUUUUUGGACUCUGUCCGAAGUACAUGGAAUACUGUAUACCAAAUAGCUAUGUUUCAUAGGUCAGAUGCAAAUGCUUUGGAGCAAGAAGUGGAUAAGGUAAUAGAAGAGCAGUUACAGCAUCAAGAAACUGAGAGCUCACAUUCAGAGGAACCCGAUCCAGAUGUGGCAGUAGGACAACUUAAUAGUGGUAGGAGGGUUGACUAUGUUCUUCAAGAAGCACCCUUGGAGAGUUUCAAUGAGUAUCUGUUUGCUCUUGGAAGCCAUGUUUGCUACUGGGAAUCUGAAGACACAAUGUUGAUGAUAUUGAAAGAAGUGUACAAUGCAAUGGGUAUUUCCGCUGACAGUAACGUUCAUCCAACAAAUGCUACAUAUGAGAGACGUCAUUCUGGUUCUGCCACAACCCCAGAUUUACACUCUUAUCAGGACAGUUUGUUUGCUACUCCAAGUUCCAGUAUAUCACAAUUUGUGGGUGAAAAUACUGACAACAGGCUUGACCAACAGACUGCUGUAGUAAGUUCAGAAAGCAGUGGUAAGGUCUCGCCAUCUACCCCCCAAACAGUGAAUCAGUCACUGGGGGCUGGUUCUUCCAACCGGCCCACAACAUUGGGGAUGGACCCAACAGCACCACCUUCUGAAAACAAAAAUUUAGGGCCACCUCCCAUAUCUGGCUUUAUGAGAAAGUAAUCUGUGAUUAAUGAAGUUAUUUAAAAUGUAAAGAAAUAUUUUAUGAGUGUUUAAAUAUGUAUAUAAAUUAAUGGAAAUUGAGGAUGCUUCUUAGAGUUACUAUUUCUUGUUAUUGUUUUUGUUUCUGAUUAGUAAUUUAUAUAUUGUUUUGAAGCACAGUUUUCAAGAAGGCAGUAUUAAAUAAGUUAAUAUUAAAUGGAUGCUGGUAAUAUUUAUAAAAAGUGUACAUGGUUGUUGUGAUUAAUCCCAUGAAAUUUUCUGGGAAUAUUUUAAUAGAGCCAUACUGUGUAUGGGUGUGUACUUACAAUAAGCUGUAUAUUUUCACUUUUUUAAUUCUUGGAACUCUGUUACAAAAGGAAUAAUUGUUUUCUUAACUGAGGUUGUACAAGCUUUCUGUGUAUAAAGUAUCUAUUGAAACUAAAAACUUGUUUUCUUUCGUC